AGCCGCGGCCCGGAUCGGGAAGUGUCAAGCGGGAGCCGGGUUCCCCCGCCUUCGCCGCCGCCACCGCUGAGCCCGGAGCCCUUCACCCUCGCCCCGGGCCCAGCCACCAUGACGAACGUGUACUCCUUGGAUGGGAUUCUGGUGUUUGGUUUGCUUUUUGUCUGCACCUGUGCCUACUUCAAGAAAGUACCUCGUCUCAAAUCCUGGCUGCUGUCAGAGAAGAAAGGAGUUUGGGGUGUGUUUUACAAAGGUAAGGUCCUCACCAGGAAGGGAGAGAAGAUGGCUACCUGUACACAGUGUGGCUCUGUAAACUUGUGUGAUUGGAACCCGGCUGCAUGCUGCUGUUGCAGUUGCCUGCAUUGUAAUGGCCUUUUACAUCCUGUUUAUAAAAUGAAUUUCAAAGUGCCCAGUUCAUCAGCUGCCACCCAAGGCGACAGGGAUGCAGAAGCUGUUGGAGGCCUGGACUCAGUGUAGGAGAUGCAGCUAAAAUCAUCAGUCCCCAGGAUGACACCAGAGCAUCUCCCCCUGCCCUGUGCAGGGGAGCUCCUCAUGAUCAUGAACACGAAGCUUCAGAGGACUUCAGAAAACCAACUUCUCUGACCUGUGUGCAAACCAGCCCUCGGCAGCGAGCAUCUGUGUCCAAAUAGAUUUCACCCCUCGGGGAUACAAGUACAAGCCUCCUACUUAAAAACCUGUCACCUGGGUUGGGGUUGUAGCUCAGUGGUAGAGCAUUUGCUUAGCAUUCUCAAGGCCCUGGGAUUUCCCCAACACUGCAGAAAACAAACAAAUACACAACCUGGUACCUAUUUUGUUCUUCAGUCCUUCAGGAUUUUUUCGAAUGGAAACCCACAGGCUGUGCCCAGACUUCUUGAAAGCAGAGAGAAUUUUCCAGACUUGACUUUUUCCACUGGUUGAUUUUGUAUUUGGCAAAUGGGGGAGGGAGGGUAAGUGAUGGGAAUGAGAGUUAUGUAAAAGGCCAAGAAAUGGGUCGGCUUUAGAAACCUGCCCUUUAUCCCCAUCUGGGAAUGUAGCUGGCGUAGCUCACCGCGAGCAGAUGAAGCAGCCUGUGGUGUGCUGGUCGCGUCAGUUUGCCAGGAGCAUCUGAGAGUGUGUGAGAUUUGGGAAUUAUCUGUGAUGAGACUAGUGAGCAGUGACUGAGAGGUGAAAACAUCUUCUGUUUACCACUAUCCCCCCAAGAAGACUUCAGUCAAUCAGAUGAUGUAGAAAUGAAUCAGCCAUUGCUAUUUCCUAAAGCUUCUUCUUUUUUUUUUUUUUUUUUAAAUUUCUAAGUUACUUAGCACUAAAUGCUGUUACACAGUUUUAAAUACCAACACUAGGGGGAAAGAAACUAUUGAACAAAUAAUUGAUUAAUAUAUUUGAAAUUAUAAUUAGUAUGUCAAUUCAUGUACUAGUUAUUUCAUCUAGUAUAAGAAUUGAUUGUGAUGAAGGUUUAGAUAGAUAAAAAUUUUGUCAUGUUAUAAAAGAGAGCCAGGCGUGGUGGUGCACACCUUUAAUCUCAGUGCUCGGGAGGCAGAGGUAGGAGGAUUGCUGUGAGUUUGAGGCCACCCUGAGAAUACACAGUGAAUUCCAGGUCAGCCUUGGCUGGAGUGAGACCCUACCUAAAAACAAACAAACAAAUAAAAAGAUAUAAGCAUUCUUUAAGUUUCUGUUAAAGCAAUUUUUAGUUGAUUGUUUUUCUCGGCCAACUCAGUUUUCUUCAUAUUGCAGUAUUCUGUCAUUGUUUCUGGAAAGUCUAUUUGCUAUGAAGAAUAUGAGAGACUGAAAUGGAGAGAAGUUGCUGGUGUCCAUUGCCAUGUUUGGACAGCUCAGAGUCCAUUAAUAAAAUGAGAUGUUUACUGAGUCAAGGAAAAUGGAGUUUUGCAAUUGAGAGUGAAAGGCUUUAACUCCUGAGCUAAUCAUUUUAGAUGACUCAACAUUUGAGGGAAGACUUUUGCACUUCUUCCUGCUCCUAUCAGUCUGCAAGGGAACUGUUGAACUUAUGAAGCCUACAGCUUGAGUAAAAAAAAAAAAAAAAAUGCAGGUCCAAAAUGACAGUUAGCAAGUGUAGACAUAGAUCUUCCCAUUGAACUGUCUCUUGCAGUCACGUUUCUUUAUGGACAGGUUCGCUGUGGUUGACUCCACAAAUGUGACAAAUGAUCUUGUUUACUACUCCAAACGAAUAAAAACUGCUAAGAAGUUAGGCUCUGCCAUCCGCAGUUUAGUGCUUUAAGGAGUUCUAGAAGAGAAGGUCACCGAGUAAACCCUCUCUUUGUCAUCAUCUCAGAGUUGUGGCUGUUCUCUCUUCAGGAACUGGUCCACAGGGUAAGAAAUUUUCAGUGGUUUGUGUGUUUUCCAUGGUCACUUCUGAGGAACUUUCACGUCAGCGAAGGGAAAUCAUUGCAAUGGGAAAGAAUUACACCUUGUGGGUGUGUGCUUGGGACCUGUUGGCCAAGUGGAACGUCACUCCUUGGAGGCAGGUUCAGCGUGUUUUGCACUUGUUAUUUUGAGCUUUAAUGACUUGUUUUCUAAUAGGGCUUGUGGGUCUGGUGUUUAGAUCUGCUUCAUAUUUUAUGCUAGUUACAUUGUACAGUUCUAAUUCAAACCCAUGUGGGGCAGCUUCCUGCAUGGCCUGAACUCUGAAGCUGAAUCGGAAUGUACCAAAAAGUGCAUGAGGUGAGAGAGGAGCAAAGACACACCCUAGUUCAUUCUUGACUUUGUGUAAGCAGCGUAUAGAACUUGGUUUACCCUAUGCCUUGUCUUGGUUGAUGUAUCAUAUUUUGACUAAAAAUGAUUCAAAGUUCCCUGAGGGAGUGUUUUAGGGAUGGAGAUAUGAGGAUAGCAAUAUUGUCUCAGAUUCAAACUGGCAUCACCAUAGCCUUGUAUUCCAGGGCAAAAUGAAGUCAGUUCCUUUUUAUAGUUGAAAUACAGUUUUUUAUUCACUGUUGUCUGCACAAAUCCUUGAAAAUAAAAUCUUUUUUCCCUAUA